AUGAUAUGGACGAUUCUGCCAGGUACACAAGCAAUAAUUGGUGGCGAAGAUAAAGAAUGGAAUCGAUUUGGUUUCCUCGUUAAAAUAUUUUCACGGGAAAAAUUGUCAAAUAUAGUAACGAGUUGCACUGGAACUAUCAUAUCCCCUCGAUUAGUGCUCACUUCAUCACAGUGCAUAUUGAACACAACAACCGGAAAACGUCUAUCUGAAUUUGUUAUCAAUGCUCCAUUCAUGAAGGGUUCAAGAAUACUAGGAGCAGAAGUGGUGAAAAUUGGUGAGACAUGGGCUAUUAUGGAAAUUCCUGAAUUAAAAUUAUCAAUGUUAUGUCCACCAGCACCAGCACCGAGAGGAGUAGCUCAACUCAAUGUUCGACCAACACUUUUGCAGUCAUCAAUUGUCAGCAUCGAUCCCCUCAAACUGAAGAGGAAAAAGUGCUGGGUUGUAGGUUUUGCCACUACGGACAAUGCAACAGAAUUUGUCGAUCAAAACAAUAUACGUCUGAUUGCGCUAAAAUCAUUAGAUGCUGUCAAGAAUAAGCCCAAUUUUCUUUGGUCUCCGAUAGUUGCUAAUGACACGGCUUGUUGGGAUGAUGUUGGUGCUGCAUUGUUCUGUUCAACUCGAGCUUGGGGUCAUAUGUUGGUAGGAAUAUUUCAGCACCUUAUAGCACCAAGUCAGUUGCAAAAAACAACAAAUGGUGGGGAAGAAAUCAAUAUCACAAGUAGUUGCAAUGGUGCUGUGGAAAUGCGAUUCUCAAAAAUUGCAGACCAAUUCAAACUUUUUGAAGCUAUUCAAAACUUUGAUAUUACUUCAUUUGUAAGCGUAUAUCAGCACUGCUUUCGAGAUGUGCCUUACAGUUUGACCCCUGGAAUGUAG